CGGUCCCGGGAACCCAGAUUCCCCCCGGGACUCUUCCCGCCUCGCGGAGCAGGCUCAACAGGAACCACCACGCAUUGACACCAUGGACAAUUACGAUGUGAUCAAGGCCAUUGGGGAAGGUGCCUUCGGGAAAGCAUUCUUGGCUAAAGGGAAAUCAGAUAGCAAGCACUGUGUUAUAAAAGAGAUCGAUUUUGCGAAGAUGCCCAUCCAAGAAAAAGAAGCUUCAAAGAAAGAGGUAAUUCUUCUGGCCCAGAUGAAGCAUCCCAACAUUGUAACAUUCUUCAGUUCGUUUCAAGAGAACAACAGGUUGUUUAUUGUGAUGGAGUACUGUGACGGAGGAGAUCUCAUGAGAAGGAUCCAUAGACAACAGGGAGUGUUAUUUAGCGAAGAUCAGAUUCUGAGUUGGUUUGUACAGAUUUCUCUAGGACUAAAAUAUAUUCAUGACAGGAAGAUCUUACACAGAGACAUAAAAGCGCAGAACAUUUUUCUUAGCAAGAACGGAAUGGUUGCAAAGCUUGGGGACUUUGGUAUAGCAAGAGUUCUGAACAAUUCCAUGGAACUUGCUAGAACUUGUGUUGGAACGCCAUACUACCUGUCCCCAGAGAUCUGUCAGAAUAAACCCUACAACAAUAAAACGGAUAUUUGGUCUCUUGGCUGUGUCUUGUAUGAGCUUUGCACACUCAAGCAUCCUUUUGAGGGUAACAACUUACACCAGCUGGUUCUGAGGAUUUGUCAAGCACAUUUUGCCCCGAUAUCACCAAGGUUCUCCCGUGACCUGCAGGCCUUGAUAUCUCAGCUCUUUGAAGUAUCUCCCCGAGAUCGGCCGUCUAUUAAUUCCAUUUUGAAAAGGCCCUUUUUAGAGAACCUUAUUGCCAAAUACUUGACUCCCGAGGUCAUUCAGGAGGACUUCAGUCACAGCCUCACACAUAAAGCAAGACCGUUGGCUUCUCAGCCUGCAGGGAAGUGGGUGCAAGAUUCUACGAUACAGAAAGUGAGAUUCCAGGGAAAGUGCCUACCAAGAUCAAGGCCAUCAGAGCCAAUUAAAAGGAAGGAGAUAUUGUAUAGAAAUGAAUGGAUCCCACCAGCUGGAGCUCGGAAGCCUGUAUCUAUAAAAAUGGUAGAAAGGCCCAAACUUGCUGCAAUGCAUGGACAUUAUGACUAUUAUUAUGCCCAACUUGACGUGUUGAGGAAGAGAGUGCACAAACCAACUUACCACUGUGUUCCUCAAAAAGAUUCUGGAGUUGAGGAGAAUUAUAAUCAGAAAGAAAGCCACAGUCCAUCACCAGAUCAAUGGCCUGCUGAAUACCUUCAGAGGAAAUUUGAAGCUCAACAAUAUAAGUUAAAAGUGGAAAAGCAGUUGGGUCUUCGUCCAUCUUCUGCUGAGCCAAAUCACAACUGGAGACAAAAGCUAAGAAGCAACAGAGAAGAGUCUCGAUUCCAGGAGCUGCAGAUCAGGAGAAACGAAAUGAAGGAACAGGAAUAUUGGAAGCAGUUAGAGGAAAUUCGCCAACAGUACCACAAUGACAUGAAAGAAAUUAGAAAGAAGAUGGAGAGUGAACUGGAGGAGGACUCACAAAUAAGUCAUAAAACCUAUGUAGUGAAGAAAAGCGACCUGCCUGUCCACCAAGAGGCACGUGAGGAAGAAGCGCCUGUGCAGGACAUUGAAAGAGACUUGAAACAAAUUAGAGUUCAGAACAUAAAGGAAAGUAAAAUUCUAGAACAAAACUGUAAAGCCAAGAGAGGGGUGAAGUUUGAAAUUAGUUUAAACCAAUGUAUUUCUGAUGAAAACACCCUCCAAGAGGAAGAGGCAAUGGGUGUGCAAAAUAAAACUCUGACCUUUGAGCAUGGCAUGAAGCUUAAGGAAUAUAAGUGCGUGAAGGAGUAUGAAGAUUAUACAGACAAAGCAUUUGAAGAACUCUGUUGCCCAGAAGCAGAGUUGUUCAUUCAAGAUACUGGUGCCUCUGCAGAGAGCAGGAGACGGUGGGAUGUGCCAGCUGCUCAGACUGUGCUAGAGAUGAUGACAGCAGGGGACAUCACCUCCACCUGCACCACUGUGCCCAAGGGUGGCCAAGGGAUGGUGACCGAAGGCAUCCCAGAAAAUAGGAGACGGUGGCAGCAUGAAGUGCCAGGAGCUUUAAUGAGCGCUUUGGCUGCAGCACGUCUAACAAGUAGCUCGUUUUCUGCCCACGAAGGCGAAUUGGUGGGAACAUUAGAACAAUGGCUUCCUAAAGAAGAUGAGGGGACUAUGGAAAUGGCCUCUGGCAUUGAAGUAGAUGAGGAACAACCAAGAUCUGACGAUGACGAUAUGAAUUUUGAAGAAUCUGAAGAUGAUUUGAGAAACGAAGUAGUAGAAUCCCUGGAAAAACUUCCUACUUCCAAAGAGGAAGAAAAAAAAGAAGAGGCUCCUGAUUUCACUAAGGGUGCUGAAAAGUUCGGAGGAGAGGGGAUAGGCACCCAGAAAUAUGCAGAAUCAAAUGAAGGUUUAGAGAAUAUUUCUACUCGAGCUAAUGACAAAGUAUGCAUUGCUGAUGAAAACCGAGAAACAUCAACAACCCAUCAAAAUAUACAAGUGUGAUUAUUGUACUUUUUCAUAAGUGGGCUGUUUAACAGUGGAAGAGAGAGGCAGAAGAGAGAACCAGAAGAUGUCAGCGUGAGAGGGGCUCAGCCUGGUGCUACUGGCUUUGAAGACAGAGGAAGGGGCCACAAGCCAAGGAAUGCAGGCAGCUUCUAGAAGCUGGGAAAGGCCAGACAAUGGACUUCCCCAGAAGCCUGCAGAAGGAACACAGUCCUGCUGACAUAGUGAUUUUAGCUUUAGACUUCUGACCUACAGAACUGUAAGAUAAUAAAUGUGUGUUGUUUUAACUAAGUUUGAUAAUUUGUUAAGACAAGGAUGGAAAACUAAUUCAUUUAGAGUAAUGAAUCUACCAUUUUAGAAAACCGUGACUUUGAAAUUUCCUCUAUUGAAUACACUUUUUUGAAGCAGAUGUUGACACUUAAGGGAGUAGGUUAACUGAGCAGAGAGGAUCAAGGCAUGUCAUGUUAAUUAUGCACCAAGUAAUCAUUUUACUAUGUUUUAUUAAUCCCUAAUAGCUUCAAAUGUGUAGAUUAUAAACUUCUUAAAGGCAGGGACACUACUGUUCCUUGUACUUUAUGCUGGUCUUUUUACAUAUGGUGCUUGGCAGAGUGCCACAAUUAAACAGUCUCAGUAUUGAAACUGUGCCUAGAGUUUACCAGAUAUUUUAUUUUGUUGUUGCUGUGAAGGAUGGAGUGGUUACAUUUCUAAGUGGUAGAAUUCUGCCUAAGAUAUAUGCUCUGUAAUAAAAAUACAACUAAAAUUGCACAUCCAUCCAUUGCUGAGCCAAGAAAACAAAGAUGAGGAAGGGUUGGUCAGAUUAUUUUGAAGGUCUGCUUAGUGUUUACAUUUGGGAUAUAAUUUUAUUAAAUGUGGGGAAACGAUCAGGGAUGCAUCCCACAUGAUUUGUCUUUUAUGCCUGUAUUUUCCUCGUGAUGUUGGAGGUACCGUUCUUUCAACUUGGUGUAUUGGGUUAUAAUCUACUCUUUUCGGGAGAGUGCUCAGCGUGGUCACAUCAUGAGGCUGAGAAUAUUUAAAAAUUUCUCACCACUGUGUUAAUGUCAACCUUCGUAACACAUGACCCUGAGAGAUUAGAGCAUCAUUAAUUUUAGGAGUCUUUUAGUGGUCAAUGUAUACAUGUUUACUUUCAGAACAUUAUGUGGUUCAGACGUACUAAAUCUGUUGGUGUGCUAAACAAAUAUUAAGCAGUAUUUGAAUGCAUGGAAAAUGAAACAUGGUUCCUGAAAAUCCCAAAGAUCCAAAGACCAUUCAGUUAUAUGCGGGGGGUGGGGUGGGUGGUGGAGUGGAGAAUUAAUGUUUAAGGACAAUGCUUAAGGUCACUGAGUCUGCUCCAAUGACCAGAUGCUUGGCUAAAGUCUCUAGCUAACAUUCAUUAUAAGAUUGAGUUCUUUGCUGUAAAGUAGGAAGUAUUCAUUGUGAUGAGUACACAUAUCUGCAAGGUUUUUCAACCAACUUCAGCCCCCUAAUUUACCUUACCCAUCUUAUGUACACCAUUACAUAAAUCAUGUUCUUGAGGCACAAUUGAUUACUUUAUUCUGGGUUUAGGUUUAGCUGCAUAUGUCAAGUUGAAGCUAUUGAUCAGACUUGCAUGUGUUUUUAGAAUAAAUUUUAUUAAAAAUUAUGCAUCUUGGUAACUAUUUACCAUAGCUACCAAACUGAUCAUUCUUUAAACGGUGUAUCAACUCUUAACUUCCCUUCUAAGUCUUGUAACACGUAUAGUCGUAGAAGUGAGCAUGAAGCACUCAAGUAUUAGAACUGAUGCCUCUUUAAAGCCAAGGGUGGCCUUAGAAUUAGGGUGGGGACAGAGGAGAAAGAAUCAGCUGAGGAACAGUGGGAGAGGUAGGUAAAAUUACAAGGGCAUAGAUUGAUUCUAGUAAUUUGCAUAACUCCUUGUUGUGGAUAACUUUUUUUUGUUGUACCCAAAUCUGUUGAAAGAUUUAGCAGACACUCUAUUGUAUUAUAGUCCUGGAGUCCAGGUACAUUUACAUAAUUAAACACAAGUAUUCUGAAACAUUCAUAAUUACACUGACCACUCAUAAUUUUGUCUAUGACUUUGUAAAAACCCCUGAAAAUUAUUAAAAUAAAGUGUAUGAAGCUCUGCAGUGUCUUGUAGGUCUGAAAUAUUCGUUAAAAGAAAUAUGUCUAUUAAACCUGGCAACCUAUUUUUCUUGGGUAGCAGAGGCAAGACAAUUUUGUUUUACCUUUGAAUUCUUUCCCUCCCUCCGAGCUUCCUUCCUUCUUUUUCUUUUUCUU